AUGGAUGGGACAGCAGUACCGUCAUCUUCUGUGCCCUCGCAGCUGCAGGACCUCCUCACAGAGGUGCAGCGCCUUCAGUGCGUCGUCUCGGAGCAGCAAGCACAGCUUCACGCGCAGCAGUCGUCUGCGUGCGUAACAGGAGAGGAGUGGUUCACCAAGAGUCAGGUGGAUACUUUGAGGCAAGCGUUAAUUCAACAGUUUAACGAGCACAUGGCCCAAUGUGAGCAGGCGAAUCAGGCAUAUUGGACGCAGGCCACCAGCCAGCAUCAGCACGAGGUCUCCGUCUUGCAGCAGGAGUGCGCAGCGUACAAGCACCGUGUUGCGAAGGCCGAGGCUGCUGCACAAGCUCAGCAGCUGCAACGGGAUGCGGAGGAUGAAGCGAAUGCCAAUGCUGCUACUGCCCUUCGACUCGAUGUGAACCGCCUCGAAGUGGAACUGCGGCUUGCACGCCAGCAAAGGGCUGAGUCAGAGGUUUCCAGAGACGCUGCAGAGGCUGAGGCUGCCGCUCUCGGCGAAACUGUGAAAGUUCAGCGUGGCAGGCUGAUCGAACUCGAGGAGCAGCUUUCUUACGCAAAAGCACAGCUUCAGGCUGCCCGAGCGGAGGCUGAGGAUAUCGUCCACACCAGCAAGAGCGAUUUGAAUACGGCUCGCCUCGAGAUUGUGCACCUUCAGGCAGAGCUGGAGGCUGCAAAUGCGGAGCUGCUCCGUGCCAACGCUGAGCUGCAGGCUGCCCGUGAGACUGCGGGUGCUGCACUGCCCGCGUCCGGGGACGCAAACCCGUUUGCUGACACCGAGGACCCGUUCGGUGGUCCAUCGUGCGCCGCUGCACCGGGUGUGGACGAUGGCAGGCUGGAUGCUGCCCGCCAGCGGAUCGUGGAGCUGGAGGCUGCAAAUGCGGAGCUGCUCCGCGCCAACGCUGAGCUGCAGGCUGCCCGUGAGACUGCGGGUGCUGCACUGCCCGCGUCCGGGGACGCAAACCCGUUUGCUGACACCGAGGACCCGUUCGGUGGUCCAUCGUGCGCCGCUGCACCGGGUGUGGACGAUGGCAGGCUGGAUGCUGCCCGCCAGCGGAUCGUGGAGCUGGAGGCUGCAAAUGCGGAGCUGCUCCGCGCCAACGCUGAGCUGCAGGCUGCCCGUGAGACUGCGGGUGCUGCACUGCCCGCGUCCGGGGACGCAAACCCGUUUGCUGACACCGAGGACCCGUUCGGUGGUCCAUCGUGCGCCGCUGCACCGGGUGUGGACGAUGGCAGGCUGGAUGCUGCCCGCCAGCGGAUCGUGGAGCUGGAGGCUGCAAAUGCGGAGCUGCUCCGCGCCAACGCUGAGCUGCAGGCUGCCCGUGAGACUGCGGGUGCUGCACUGCCCGCGUCCGGGGACGCAAACCCGUUUGCUGACACCGAGGACCCGUUCGGUGGUCCAUCGUGCGCCGCUGCACCGGGUGUGGACGAUGGCAGGCUGGAUGCUGCCCGCCAGCGGAUCGUGGAGCUGGAGGCUGCAAAUGCGGAGCUGCUCCGCGCCAACGCUGAGCUGCAGGCUGCCCGUGAGACUGCGGGUGCUGCACUGCCCGCGUCCGGGGACGCAAACCCGUUUGCUGACACCGAGGACCCGUUCGGUGGUCCAUCGUGCGCCGCUGCACCGGGUGUGGACGAUGGCAGGCUGGAUGCUGCCCGCCAGCGGAUCGUGGAGCUGGAGGCUGCAAAUGCGGAGCUGCUCCGCGCCAACGCUGAGCUGCAGGCUGCCCGUGAGACUGCGGGUGCUGCACUGCCCGCGUCCGGGGACGCAAACCCGUUUGCUGACACUGAGGACCCGUUCGGUGGUCCAUCGUGCGCCGCUGCACCGGGUGUGGACGAUGGCAGGCUGGAUGCUGCCCGCCAGCGGAUCGUGGAGCUGGAGGCUGCAAAUGCGGAGCUGCUCCGUGCCAACGCUGAGCUGCAGGCUGCCCGUGAGACUGCGGGUGCUGCACUGCCCGCGUCCGGGGACGCAAACCCGUUUGCUGACACCGAGGACCCGUUCGGUGGUCCAUCGUGCGCCGCUGCACCGGGUGUGGACGAUGGCAGGCUGGAUGCUGCCCGCCAGCGGAUCGUGGAGCUGGAGGCUGCAAAUGCGGAGCUGCUCCGCGCCAACGCUGAGCUGCAGGCUGCCCGUGAGGCUGCUACUACAGCUCAGAAAGCUAGCGAGGGAGAUCUGGAAGCAGUGCGCCAGUGUGUGACUGACCUUGAGGAUGCACUUGCUGGUGCUGAGGCGAACCUUGAGCGACUGCAGGAGGAUGUGGUGGAGAAGUCGCGUCUUAUUCAAGCUUUUCGGGCUGGGGAGGCCGCUUUAGGCUCCUUACGGGUGGAUACAUUGCACAGCAGUAGCGACAGCGGGUGGAUUCUUCCUAAGUAUUCGGAGGGUGCUCACAACGGAUUGGAGGAGGCUGUGAGCGGCAACUGGUUGGAGACCGUGCGCGCCCUACGUACGCACGUGGCGGACCUGACGCAUGAGCUGGAGGAGAUGAGGCGUCAGCAGCAGGGGGCGUUGGUGUCCACCAUGGUGCCUGGGAUGGAAGCGCUGGGUCGGCAAUAUGCUGAGGUUGAGCAUCGGCUUGCUCUUGCCGAGGAGGAGAAAUCAGCGCUAGAGGACGAAGUGCAGCGACUGCGCGGCCAGGCGCUGGCUGUGUCGAGUGGAUGGAAUCCGGAGGACGACGGGAAGGGGGCAAGGAGCGCUGAACAGACGUCGCGUCUCCUUGACAGUACUGCUUGCCCGGCAGCUAUGUCGACCGCCUCGGCGAGUUUCGUGAAUCCUUUCUACUCGUCCUCCGACAACGACGAGGUGGCAGAAGGGACGCCGUUCUCAGCUGUACCACUGCCUCCCGCGAGCACAUCGAUGACACUUCUGCGUUCGUUGGUGUACCCCAGCGUCAGCACAGCCUUCACCGCAAAGGAGAGCGUGGCAAGGGCCACCCUUGGUGGCAUUCAGCAACCCGUCCUAGUCGCCGAGAUGUCGGCAGCGGCGGAGACGGAGAUGGGGGUGGAACGUGAUGAGAGCAGCGGUAACACUCCGCACCCUCUGGCGCCCUUCCACAUAGGUAGCGGUGACCAGGCUGCACCGGGAGACACGUUGGGCCUGGACCCCGGCCCUCACGAAGACGGCGGCGCCGAGCGUAUCUUUGGCGUUGGGGCAGAGGAUGUAGAGGGUCGGCGAGGUGCAUCGCCUUGCACCCUGUUGCUCGCCACCGACGAGGAGUCUGAAACACAUGGGGCUGCGUCAGCUGGCAGGGAUGAGGAUGUUGACUUCAACGACGCUCGCCGCUUCUCACGCGACAUCUUCGACGGUGACGAGGAUGACGACAACACGGAUGAGUGUGACGCUUCGGUUAUCACACGCGCUGCAGCUCCGGGUGUGCGGCAGGCAUUCCACAAUGUCGACAUGGAAGGCAAGGUGGAUGACAGUGGCGCCGCGAUGCAGAGGCUGGGCCGGGAGUACGCUGAUGCGCAGCACCGUCUAUACCGCUCUGAGGAUGCUCGGCAGGGCCUUGAGGCAGAGGUGGUGGAACUGCGGGGGAUCGUGGUGGAGCUGCAGGCAGAGCUGGCUCGCCAGCCCCGGCAAACGUCGGUUGCGGCACGCACGGACGGCGGCGUUGGCGACGAAGCAGAGACGCGCACUAUUACAACCUCCUUAGCCUCUUCGGUGCCAACGGCAGUGCGAGAGCGGCUCAACAUGCAAGGAAGUCGCGACAAGAGCGCGUCUUCGUCCACGACAUCCUCAUCAUGCUCUGGUGGCGAUGGUGCAGAGAGCGGCAGUCUCGGCUCUGCUUACCUCAGUGAUCACGACGUGUCCGUGACAACAGCAGCAGCGCCAACUCACGAAAAUGAUCCCGGUAGGUUUCUGUCCCCCUUUGCAACCGCCGCGUCAGAGGACACCGCUGCUCUGUACGCGCGCAUCGCGGAGCUGGAGGAUCAGCUGAAGGAAGCAGAUGCUCAGCACGAGGAAGAGCUACAGGCUCUCGCCGAGGCCGCGGCUGACCGCAUUGCUGCAAUGGAGCAGCAGUACGCUGCCGACUUCGAGGUGGUUCACAAAGCUGCGGCAACGGCAGAGGAGGAGCGUCAGGGCGAGCAGGAGACCGUCGCGUCACUGAUGGCGCGAGUGACGCAGCUCACAGAAGCCCUAGCAGAAGCCCAGGCUGCUCAUGCAACGGAGUCGCAGGCUUUGCGAGAGAAGGAUGAGGACUUGUUGAGGCAGCGUCCCCGCAACCAGGAGGACUCCUUCGAGGUAGUUGCCCGCCAGCUGGAUCAGCGGCAUCAGGAUAAUCUGCGCGCUCUCGCCUCUUCUGGGGAGACAGGCGGUGAUGGUGCCACUGGCAAGGAAGGAGUGGCGGAGUCGUCGCUGUUGCCACAGGAAAAAGCGCAGUACUGGGAGGCUCAACAUGCUGCGCUCCUCAAGCGCUUUGAUCAACUGCAAUACGAGUACAACGCAUUCGCGCAGGACAUCAGUGCACUGCAGUGCCGCUUCUGCGAACAGGAGGCAAUGCGGCAGGAGCAGAGCAAGGCGGUGCGUGACGCAGCCGCUCAGCAGCUCACCACGCUUCACCGGCGCCUAGAAGAGAUGAACACAGUUGUCAAUGCAGCGCAGGCCGACGCGCAGGCUCACUCCGAUAAACUCCGCGACGUCACGGCUCGCCACUCCGAGACGGAAGCUGCGUUUCACGCUGAGGUGAAUAACUUGCGUUCACAAGUGCAGUCUGCACGUGAUGAACUUGCGUGCGCUAACCACCUCAACGAAGAGCUAUCGGAACUGCUGCAGCAGGGGGCCUCCAGCGUCGAGACGGCGCUGCGGGAGCGUGACGCGCAGAGCGCUGUGUUGGAGCGACAGGUGCAGCAGCUGAAGCUGCAGCUUGCCGCGGCAGGCGACCGAUUUGCGGACCAGGAGGCAGCGCUACAGGAGAAGCGGGCCAACGAGGAUGCACUGCAGCAGCGUCUGGUCGAACUGGAGGAGGAGAAGCGUGCUGUAAAAACUCAGCUGCGAGAGGCCCAGCGCAGUGCCGAGGAGCACGAGCGGGUGGCGAUGAACGCGGCAGACAGAGCUGCCCGAGACGCCGAACAAGUGCGCAUCGCUGCGCAGCAGGCCAUGACACAACAGCACGCCGCUCACACGCAGGAGGUUGCCGCCCUGCACUGCGAGCUGGACGAGCUACGUAACGAGCUUGAGGUAGCACAGACUGUUGCGGCGACAGUGCCGCUGGAGGCGCAGCGACAGCAGCGCGAUCUCAGCACGGUGCGUGACCGCUUGGCCGAGGCGCUGCGCUGUCAACAGGAUCUCCAGGAGCAGCUGAAGAGAAGUCACGGGGAGGUGGAGCGGCAGCGGUUGCUUCUCAUGUAUGGCGGCAGCGGCAACCGGCCCAAUGGAGGCGAUGCCGGUGCAUUCGAGGGCAGCGCACUACAAGGCGGUGGCACCGCCGCAGAUGCGCGCCUGAACGCUCUCCUCCACCGAAGCGAGGAGCUCGAGGAGAAGCUGCGUGAAGCCACGGCACAGCGGGAUGGGUUGCAGCAGGAGAGGGAUCGCCUCUCGAUGCAGGUGAAGAGUGCUGCGCGCGUGGCGGAGGUGAAGGAGCAGGCAACGCGGCGGCUGGAGGCAGAACUACGCAGCGCACGUUUGCAACUCACCACCAUCCGAGACGAUCUUGCCCAGCGUGUGCAGUCGAACCAUGUGCUGCAGCUGGAGAUGGAGCACCUGCAGGAGCGCCUCGCGGUUGUGACGCAGGCUUAUGAGGAGCUGCAGGACCGUUACACAGUGAUCAUGUCCCAGUCCGUCAAUCAGGAGCACGCCAACGCGCUGCUAAUGGCCAAGGCUGUGACAAUCCCGCGCGCGCUGCAGGAGUACUUGGAGGAGGUGUUCUCCGCGUACCGCACGGUGUUGCAAGCGGCAAGCAGGGACCGUCGCUACAUCUUCGACCGCUGUGACCUCAUCGAGAAGGCCGCCAGUGAGGCCAUGGCAGAGGCGGAGGCGCAGAGCCGCGCCUACGAAGCCGCCAUCGCCGACGCGCAGGAGGAGCAGCAGCAGAUGAAGGAGAUCAUCGAAAGUCUCCAGCAGACCUCGCAGAAGGCGGAGGAGGCGAAGAACGCCGCCGUGGCGGACGCUGCUGCUGCACGAGACGAGCUGGAGGCAGCCCAGCGUCAAGCCCGUGAGGACAUCUUCAACGCGCAGCGUGACCUUCAGGUGGUCGAGCUGCAGCACGCCGACACGCUGCACUCGCUUUCUCUUCUCCAGGACGAGGUGGCAAACACAACUUCCCUCAUCAAGAUCCAGAAGAGCAAGUACGAGCAGCGAGAGGAGGAGCUGAUGAAGGAGGUGACACUCCUGCAGGCAGAGGUUGAGACGCGCAAGUCGGCGGCGAGGCAGCUGCAGCAAGCCAAGGAUGAGAGUCACACGGAGCUGCAGGACAUGGUCGAUAGGGCGGUACAGGCGCGGGAUCGAGCGGUGCACGAGGCGCAAGCGCUGCAAGCGCAGCUGGCGCGUGUGCUGCCACGACUAGCGCAGCUCGAGGACGAGCAGGCGCAGCGCACGGCCGACCUCAUGGACACGGCGCAGGAGCUGUCUGCACUCCACAAGAAGACAACCUCCACCGAGAGUGUGUCGCGCAAGCACAUCGAGGAGCUUAACGAAACUCUUCAAGAGCUCCUCGAGGCUCACGCAGCGCUGCAGCGCACCCACACCUCUACCGAGGCCACUGCAGAGAGACUCAAAUCUAAGCUUGCCAAUGUGACCGAGGAGCUAGAGCGCACGGCUGCAAAGGCUACCCAGCAGGCGGAGGAGCUGGCGACUGUGAAGGCGCGCCUGCACGACGUGGAGCUGCACACAAGCCGCGUGAUAGAAGACGACCAGACGCGGCUGAGAGACAACGAGCGUCAUUUGCAGGGACUGGGGCAGCGCAACACAGCGCUGCAGCAGGAGUGCACGACACUGCAGGAGUCCCUGCAGUCCCUCCGCAUCGAGCAUGAAAACACUGUUGAUGCCCUGCAUCGCAAGUCGGAGGCGAUCGCGGCACAGGAGAAGCAUGUGAAUCACCAGCUCCGACUUUUACGUGACCGCAUUGAGACGCUAGAAGCGGAGAGGACUGAGCUGAUGUCAUCAGAGCAGUCGGUCACGGCUUCCCGUGACGCGUGCCAGAGGGAGAUACUUUCCCUAGAGCAUCAGGUGGAGCAUCUGCAGCACGACCUGCGCGCCUCCAAUGGACACAACGAGCGGCUGAACCAGGAGAUAGUCCAGCUCAAGACGGACCAUGCGGCGGAGGCGGACCGGCUGCGGGAGGCCAUCACAGACGCGCAGAAGGAUGUUACCAAGUGUCGCCAGCUCCUCGCCAAGGCGGAGGUGCACCAGAUGGAGCAGGAUAGCACCUACCACAGCCUCUCUACGGAGGUGAGCGUCGUCCGCGAAGAGCUCAAAGCCGCACGUGCGCAGGCGGAGAGGGCCACGCAGCAGUGCCAAAAGGCGAAGGCUGAGCAGGAGGAGACGGUGACGCUGUUGCAGUCUCAGAUCGCGCAGCUCUGCGAAGAGCUUUGUGAUAAGCAGGAGCGGCUGCGGAUGCUAGAGAACACGUCUGCGCAUCAGCAAGAUACUCUCAACAGGCUGCGGCAGGGCAUUGCGGAGGCGGAGGAGACCCUCAAGCAAGCACGUCAGGAGCUGCUCAAUCAGCAAGAGGCUGCUGCUGCGGCGAAGGAGCAUCACCGUCGCGACCGGUAUGAGCUGCAGAUGAAGCUGAAUGACGCUGAAGACGCAGUGGCGGAGAUGAAGCGCAGCCAGGAGCAGUAUCGUCAGCGCAUGACGAGCAAGGUGGAGCUGUACGAAGUGGCGGAGGAGGCACUGCGGGGCGAAGUGACUGACUUGCGUGCCGACGUCGCUCGGCUGGAGGAGGCGCUGACCGCGACGACGCACGGCAAGGCAGCCGCAGAGACGUACCAGUCACGGCAGGCGCAGUCCAUCAAGGCCGCCGAGUCAGAGUUGAAUUCGCUGCGCACGCAGGCGGCGCACGACAUUGCAGAGAUUACGACUCUAAAGUUGCAGCUGCAGCAGCGCACAGCCGAGUUGGAGCGGUGCCGGCGCGAGGCUGCGGCUCAGCUGGCAGGCGAGAGGCUUCGCUGGGAGACGGAACACACGACAGCCUGCGACGCUCUGGAGGAGGCUCUGCGGCAAGAACAGCGGGGCAUCAAGGAUGCGCGUGAAGCACGCGAGCGCGCCUUGGCAUCACUAGAGUGCAAGCAGAAGGAUCUCGUAGUGAUGGAGGGUGAGUGUCGUGCGUUGCGCGCAAAGGCUCGUCAGCUGCAGCGUCACCUCGACACAGCGCAGUACCAGCUCACCUCGCUAGAGGGGAUGGCCAAGGACACGGCUGCCGAUCUGGGCAUGACCCCAGAGGACCUGGUCAGCGGCGAGGGGGGCACCCUGGUGGAUGUGGCGGCGCACCCGCACGAAACUUCUGUCGACUCAACCGAGAGUGGCGCAACGGCCGCUGUAGCCACCGCCGCGGCUUCCGGUGCUGCGGUGCAGUCUGUCAUGGACGAACUGCAGCGUCGGCUUAGCAUCUUCACGUUUGCGGCUAACACCCUUGACUCGGAGGAUGAGCAACUGGUUGACCUGCGAAAGGCGCUGGUGCAGCAGGAGGACGCGGUGCAGCUCUUGGUAGAGGUUUGUGCUGGAGGGAGCAUGAGUGCGGCGAGCGGUGCCACCCCUCUGCGGGCAGGCAUGGCAGGAACCAGUGACGUCACGCCUGGCUUGAACACUACUCCCACUCCACGCGGUCCAAGGGCAGCCGCCUCGUCUGGUGCCAACAUUAGCGGAGCGGGCGCUUCGGCUGUGCCGCCUCGUGCCGCGCUCACGGCGGCACAGCAAGUGUGUGUGCAGCAUAUUGGUCAAGCCAGUUCGACUUAUGCGCACCGCGUCGAGGACCAUCUGCGUACGGCGCAGGAGAUGCUGCGCUCUGUGAUGAUGGCUAUUGGCUCGCACGAGAUAGCGUCGCCGCUAGCCAGUCGCCCUACCACGGUGGCGUUGUCGUCUAGGCAUAAGCUGCAGGUGGCAGCGACGGCGGCCGAGCUACAUCGCCUCACUGCUACCCUCACCCGGGCGGUUGAGCGGACGCUGGAUUUCGUAGUGCAGGGUUCCAGUGACCCAGCUACAGCAGAGCAUUCGUCGACGCAUUCGUCCAGUGGCGGCAUCCUCCAAGAAGAGCUGCAGGAGCUGCGACGCCUCUUCUCCGAGGCGGAGCAGUACGUCUUGCUACCAUUCAACGAGCUUCUCUGCGUCGCUGAUUCGGCUGGAAUGAGGGCCGCCGCAGCCACGGCGGCAGGUGAGGAGAAAGGGAUAGGCGGGGAGCCGGCACCGAAACCCUCCUUGUAUACGAAGCGGCCGCCGCUAGUGAAGCUUCCAGGCCCCCGUACCGCAUUGGUUGCUACCGCGCCCGCGCCACUGCGGCCAUCGUCAUUCACGACUCGCGCCUCCGGUGCGGGCUGCACGCAGGAAAUGACGAUCACCGCACUUUCGCCAAUUGCCCCUGACGAGGGGGCGAGUGCGUGGCUCUGA